GACGCUGCCUGGGUUGAUUUUGUCAGUCAACCCUCCUUCGCUCUCUCGACAAACGCGCUAUUUAUCCGCUUCCACAUCCGUGUUACGACCCAUGGGAAUAAUUACUUAGACUUCGUUCUCUAGAUAUGACUCAAAUUUUUAGCUCACAAAACCUCAUACUGUGUCUGGCUUGCUGGAAUGUAUCCAUAAACAAAACCUACCACAUGGCAUCAUUCCUCCUCAUGAUCCUUCGUUCCAACGGAAAGGUCUCAUGCUCAUGUUACAAUUCCGACUUCACACCUUCAUUGCGGUUAUCCUUGUCGAAUCUGUCAUAGGUUGAAGGGGCAGCUGAUAUGAGACCAGAUGAUAUAAAAGCAGGAAGCCUGCUCCAACAACGCUUCACUAUGCACCCUCCCCCUAUCGAGAUUUCCAGGUCAUCGCAAGAUGGACAAGUCUGAAGAUUUUUUCACGGACGUGAGCGAAUUGAAGAAGUUGGAGAGUAAUAGUAACUUGGGGAGGGAUGUAGAGAGCGAGUCCGAGGUGAAUGAUCGUGCGACGAUGCGAUAUGUCGACUUCAGAGUCCUUCCUAUUCUCGCACUGACAUACGCCUUCUCGUUGAUUGACCGCGUCAACCUGGGUUCGGCGAUGGUUGCUGGAAUGGCUGGAGAUCUGCAAAUGCUGGUUGGGAAUCGCUACAGCAUUGUAACAGUGGUCUAUUUCAUCCCCUAUAUCCUGCUACAGAUUCCCGGAAAUGCGAUUCUACGAGCUGUCGGUGUUCGCUACUGCAUGACUUUCGUAAUCGUCGUUUGGGGGGCGGUUACUAUCGGGAUGGGCUUCACAAAACACUGGGAAGCCUUUGCGGUUUGUCGAGUCUUGAUAAGUGCUCUUGAGGCAGUGUUUUUCCCGGGCAUGGUGUUCAUCAUCUCAACCUGGUAUAAGAGGCAUGAGGUGCAGAAGCGCCUUGCCGCCUUCUGCCUCACCUCUGCCCUCAUCGGCGGAUUUAGCCCUCUCCUUGCGUACAGUCUUAGUUUGAUGGAUGGGAAAGCCAACGUCGCAGGUUGGGCUUGGAUAUUCAUUAUGGAAGGCAUCAUAACAGUUGUGCUAGGACUUCUGUGCUACCUCUUUGUUCCCGAGUUCCCGGACAGAAAUCGAUUCCUCUCGAAGGCCCAGACGGCGUUUGUUCUGAAGCGAAUUGAAGAUGACCGUGGAGAUUCUACACCUGACGAAAUUACGGCACGGAAGGUGCUUCAUCAUUGUAAAGACUGGAGGAUUUGGAUGUACGGUGUCAUGUUCGCCUGUCCAAACCUUGCAUCGUACAUGUUCGCCCUUUUCAUGCCGAUCAUUCUGAAUGGCAUGAACUUUUCAUACGAGAAAUCACUACUUCUGACUUCACCCCCCUAUGGGUUCGCUUUCGUUUCAAGCAUGAUAAUCUCCUGGACGUCCGAUAAGACAAGGCACCGGGGUGGAUUUGUUGUGCUAUCGGCUCUGAUGACCACAGUUGGGUGUUGUAUGACAGCAUUUGCCCAAGGAAAUGCUGUCCGGUAUGCUGGAACAUUUUUCAUAUGCGCAGGGUCCGCUGGAACUAUACCCGCCAUCCUUGCCUGGGUAACUACGUCUCUCGUUCGGAGUUCUACUUCGAUUACCUGAAAUUCUACCUUUCACACAGAGCUCCAACAACGUUCUAACGCACAGUAAACGUGCCGUGCAAACGGCCGUAAGUAUAGUAGGAGGAAGUGUAGGAGGUAUCAUGGCUAGCAUGGUUUUCCGCCAGCAGGAUUCUCCCAAGUACAUUCCGGGCCUAUGGGUCACUAUCGGCGCUCAGAUCAUUUGCAUGAUUUUAGCUAUCUUGAUGUCGGUGCACAGUUAUCGUAUGAACAAGAAAGUUAGGGAAGGGACGUUGUCUGAGCCGUUGGAAGGACGGGUUGGCUUCCUUUAUACGCCGUAAGGAUUCCUGUGUCAGGGUUUAUUCUUCUUUAGGUUUUACUAGGUGCACCAUACUUCGAUUAUUCAAUGUUAUUAUUCUGAC